ACCAGCGCCCAGAAAUCCAUCAUGUCUAUCCUCAAGAUUCACGCCAGAGAGAGCUUCGACUCCCGUGGAAAUCCCACCGUUGAGGUCGAUCUUUACACCGCCAAAGGGCUCUUCAGAGCUGCUAUGCCCAGGGGUGCCUCCACUGGGAUCUAUGAGGCCCUGGAGCUCCGGGACAAUGAUAAGACCCGGUAUCUGGGCAAAGAUGUCUCAAAGGCUGUUGAGCACAUCAAUAAAACGAUUGCACCUGCCCUGGUUAGCAAGAAGCUGAACGUGACAGAACAGGAAAAGAUCGACAAUCUGAUGAUUGAGAUGGAUGGAACUGAGAAUAAAUCAAAUUUUGGUGCAAAUGCCAUUCUGGGCAUGUCCCUCACUGUGUGCAAGGCCGGAGCUGUUGAGAAGGGAAUCCCCUUAUACAGUCACAUUGCUGACUUGGCUGGCAAUUCUGAAGUUAUCCUGCCAGUUCCUGCUUUCAAUGUGAUCAACGGUGGCUCCCACGCCGGCAAUAAGCUGGCCAUGCAGGAGUUCAUGAUCCUCCCCGUCGGACCAGCCAACUUCAAGGAGGCCAUGUGCAUCGGGACAGAGAUGUACCACAACCUGAAGAACGUCAUCAAGGAGAAGUAUGGCAAGGAUGCCACCAAUGUCGGGGAUGAAGGCGGAUUUGCCCCCAACAUCUUGGAGAACAAAGAAGCCCUGGAGCUGCUGAAGAAUGCUAUUGGGAAAGCUGGUUACACUGACAAGGUGGUGAUUGGCAUGGAC